GGCGAGUCGUUAGCCACAAAAUGGUGUAUAAGCCAUAAGGCAGUCGAUUUGGAAUUGGAAACCAUUGAAGCGUGAGGGGGAGUAGAGAGAGAGCAAGAUGAUACGGUCGGUGAUGGUGAUGAACACGCAGGGCAAGCCUCGCCUCGCCAAAUUUUACGAUUUCCAGCCUGUCGAGAAGCAGCAAGAACUUAUCCGCAGCGUUUUUGGAGUCUUAUGCAGUAGAGCUGAGAACGUAAGCAAUUUCUUGGAGACCGACUCUAUUUUCGGUCCGGAUAGCCGUCUUGUGUACAAGCACUAUGCAACACUGUACUUUGUUUUAGUUUUUGAUAGUUCUGAAAAUGAGCUUGCCAUGCUUGACUUGAUACAAGUGUUUGUGGAAACGUUGGACAAAUGCUUUAAAAAUGUAUGCGAGCUCGACUUAGUGUUCAACUAUUGCAAGAUGCAUACUAUUAUAGAUGAGAUCAUUUUUGGAGGCCAAGUGCUGGAAACAAGUUCUACGGAAGUUAUGAAGGCUAUUGAAGAAAUAUCAAAGUUAGAAACUGCCUCCAAUUCUAUCAGCCUUGUCCCCAAAUCUGUUUCUGGUUGGCGAACUCGAUAGCAUGUGGUUCAUAAGUGAGCUGUUGAGAUGAUCAGCAAUAAUUCAAAUUUUGCUCUUGAUAGAAUGCGAUUUAUUGAGUUGUUAUAAUUAUCGCUGUAAAUCGUCUAUGGAGGUAAAUGUUCCAUUUAUGAGCUUAUAAAUAUUGAAACCCGGUGUGUGUACCAUCCCCUGCAUUCCGUUGUUGAUCCAGAUUGCUCUUUGGAUCUAAUCUGAUUGGCCUGCAUUGUUUAAACGUUGUUCGAUUUAAGUAUUACAAAUCGAUAAAGAUUGUAUUUUCUGUUCUGCAAUUACAGAUUGGUUUAGAAUUGCUCUUA